AUGACGGCAGCUGCUGCUGAAUCCACUGUUACUCCCAACGGCCUAUAUGAUAACCUCCGACGGCUUAUCAAUGUGGUGGAUGAGCUCAGGGACGUCGGCCUACAGAAGAUUAUCAACCUCCCUCGAAUUGUCGUUGUCGGUACCCAAAGCUCAGGGAAGAGUUCGGUGUUGGAGAGCGUUGUUGGGCUUGACUUCCUCCCUCGUGGGGAUGGGGUGGUAACAAGAAGACCUCUUGAGCUUAGGUUGGUCCAUCUGUCUGAAAGUGAUCAUAAACCUGAUGAUGCUUGGGCAGUAUUCCCUGACCGCCCUGAGAAGAAGUUCACGGACUUUGAUGAGGUCCGCAAGGAAAUUGAAAGGCUCACUGAUGUUGCAGCUGGAGCCAACAAGGGUAUAGUGGAUGACCCCAUAGUUAUGACCAUAUACGCGACGGCGGCCCCUGAUCUGACUUUGAUUGACUUGCCUGGAAUUACUCGUGUCCCUGUGAAGGGCUCAGACCAGAAGGAGGAUAUUGAGAAGGUCACCAAGGACAUGACUUACCGUUACAUUCGGGACCCUCGGACUAUCAUAUUGGCGGUUCUGGCGGCUAACCAGGACCUGAGUACUAGCGAUGCCUUGCAGAUGGCCCGGCAGGUUGACCCUUCUGGGUUCAGGACGAUAGGGGUGAUCACGAAAAUCGAUAUCAUGGACAGAGGCACUGAUGCAAUCAAGAUGCUCACUGGAGAGGACAUACCUCUGCGGUUAGGCUACGUUGGGGUGAAAAAUAGGUCACAGGCCGAUAUACGUGAGAAUAUGAGGGUGAAGGAGGCGUUACAGCAUGAGAAGGAAUGGUUCGAAAGUCAUCCUAAAUACAACAAGCUUCCUCCUGGCCUGACGGGCACAGGUUGCCUGGUCCAGAAGCUUACGAGGGUACUGUUUCGUCACAUACGCAAUUUCCUACCUGAAAUUAAGAAGGAGAUAACCGAUAGAAGGACGAAGGUCCAGGAUAGACUAGAGCAGAUUGGUAGCGGUGUGCCUGUGGAUGAGAAGGAGCAGGUCCAACUGAUGUGGACUAUGAUAACGGAUUAUUGUGAUAUGUUCAAGAACACUAUCAGGGGGAGGAACGAUAGGAAACUCCAACACUACUUGGCGGCCUCUGCUGAGAGUGGAGAACAGCUGGCCUCUGGGGGCAGUCAAAUAAGGAGUGUGUUUAAUGACUUCUUGGCCGACUUCGAAGAGGAGCCCUGCACUAGAGACCUCACUGAUGAGGACAUUGAGAGGGCUAUUAGGGUCCAUGAGGGCGAUGCCUUGCCAGGCUUCCCAUCUCCUGAUAUUUUCGAAUUUCUUAUCCUACCAUACCUCCGCCAAAUUCAAGGCCCUACGAUGGAGUGUUUGAACACCGUUGCGGCUACUCUCGAGGUCCUCAGCCAGAAGAUGGCUCGAACGGUCUUCAAGCGCUUUCCCAAGCUCGCGGACCAGGUACUAGAGCUCACCUCGCAGAUCCUUUACAGAGAGAAGGAGCAUACCCGGGCUAUAUUGGAGGACUUGGUGGCUUAUGAUACGGGGUACCUCUUUACGAACGAUGAGGAGUAUUUGGAAAGCCAUGGAUCGAUGCAACCGAUGUACCAGCCUUCCCCGGCCUUGCCUAAUGGUCCUACUUCCAAUAUGGAAUCGCCCCCGGGAGUCGCUGGAGGGCCUGGCGGGCCAGCCCAAGGUGGAGUAGCACAGCAGCAGCAGCAGGAACAGGUCCCGAGGAAUGUGAUGGGGCAGAGGGCCAGCCAUCGUCGUGGUUAUGCUGGGCCUUAUGUGACGGAGAUACGCCGCCGUCUUGAUGCCUACUUCUCCCUAAUCAUCAGGAAUGUUCGCGACUCGGUCCCAAGGGCCGUCGGGUACUUCCUGGUUCGCCAGGUGCAAGACAAGCUCCAGUUUGAGCUGUACACCAACGUCAACAGAGCCGAGAAGCUGCCGGAGCUACUUGGGGAGCCACCGCAUAUCAUGGAAGAGAGGAAGCAGCUGACGACGCAGUUGCGUAUCCUGGACAAUGCACACAAUGUACUGCAGCGGGACCCUACCAUUACGGCACUACAGUUGGAGACUAUGGACAUGUUGGGAGAUGAAUCGAUAUCCCCUCCAGCCACUCGGAGGCCUAGGAGCCCUAAGACCAGCAAACAGCAGUAUUCUGGAGUUUACAAGUCCACUGGAGCACCACCGCCACCCUCAGCUGGGGUCCCUCCACCAGGCAACGUCACGUCUGGGCCGCCGCCGCCUGCUCCCCCGCCGGGUGGUAGUCUGUUCGGCAACUCUACCUCAAAGGUUCAUGGAGGCAACACGGGUAGCAUCCCGGCUGCCCAUCCUGGCCAGGGCUCGUCCCUCUUUGGAGGGAGAAACUACCCAGGCAGUAGGAGGACCCAGCCGGCGCACAAUCCCCUUUUCCAAGAUGACUGAUAACUGUACGUUGCAUCUCAAUAGCAUUGGGCUCGAGUGCCCUCAAAGA